AACUGAAAUCAGUCCAGUGAUGAUAGGGAAGAUCGUGGGUGUCUUCCCGCCAGAGCCAGUUGGCCAACAGGCAGUCCGCUGCCAGCCUGUCUCCUCCCUCGGCUCAUCCCCAGCCCCCUGGGGCGGCCGCCCGCUCAGAGCUGAUCAGGUGUCAGAGUGGAGCGGCUGGAGCUUCUCGGGGCCCAGCUGGGAGUGGGUAACCGGAGCCGGCAGUGGGCACUGUGGCCGGGAGCUCGGGGCACUGGAGCUGCAGGAGGUGGCCUGCGGAGAGGAGAAACGCAGAAUACCAACCAUGAAGACUCUCAGGGCACGAUUUAAGAAGACAGAGCUGCGGCUCAGCCCCACUGACCUCGGCUCCUGCCCGCCCUGUGGCCCCUGCCCCAUCCCGAAGCCGGCAGCCAGAGGCAGGUGCCAGAGUCAAGACUGGGGCAAGAGUGACGAGAGGCUACUACAAGCCGUGGAGAACAACGAUGCACCUCGGGUGGCCACCCUCAUCGCCCGCAAGGGGCUGGUGCCCACAAAGCUAGACCACGAGGGCAAGUCUGCGUUCCACCUGGCUGCCAUGCGGGGUGCGGCCAGCUGUCUGGAGGUGAUGAUAGCUCAUGGCGCCAAUGUCAUGAGCACGGACGGGGCAGGUUACAAUGCACUCCAUCUGGCCGCCAAAUACGGGCACCCACAGUGCUUGAAGCAACUACUGCAGGCCUCCUGCGUGGUGGACGUCGUGGACAGCAGCGGCUGGACGGCCCUACACCAUGCAGCGGCUGGUGGCUGUCUCUCCUGCUCAGAGAUGCUCUGCUCCUUUAAGGCACAUCUAAACCCGCAAGAUCGGUCAGGCGCAACGCCCCUCAUUAUAGCAGCCCAAAUGUGUCACACAGACCUGUGCCGUCUCCUUCUGCAGCAAGGGGCUGCCGUGAACAAUCAGGACCUGCAGGGCAGGACGGCCCUGAUGCUGGCCUGUGAAGGGGCCAGCCCGGAAACAGUGGAGGUCCUGCUGCAGGGCGGAGCCCAGCUGGGCAUCACCGAUGCGCUGGGGCAGGACGCGGCUCACUAUGGCGCCCUGGCUGGGGACAAACUCAUCCUGCACCUGCUGCAAGAGGCGGCCCAGCGCCCCUCCCCACCCAGCGAGGAUGACUCAGGCGAGGCGUCAUCUCAGAAUUCUAUGUCCAGCCAUGGAAAGCAGGGGGCCCCUAAGAAACGGAAGGCGCCUCCACCUCCCGCCAGCAUCCCCGUGCCGGAUGACCAGGAUGCCUAUGAGGAGAUCGUGAGGCUGCGACAGGAGAGGGGCCGCCUCCUGCAGAAGAUCCGGGGCCUGGAACAGCACAAGGAACGGAGGCAGCAGGAGUCCCCAGAGGCCAGCUCCCUGCACAGCCUGGAGAGACAGGUGCAAGAGCUGCAGCAGCUACUGGCAGAGAGACAGGAGGAGAAGGAGAGCCUGGGACGGGAGGUGGAGAGUUUGCAGAGCCGGCUGUCCCUGCUGGAGAACGAGCGGGAGAAUACCAGCUAUGAUGUGGCCACCCUGCAGGAUGAGGAGGGUGAGCUGCCUGACUUUCCAGGGGCCGAGGCGCUGCUGUCCAGGCAGCUCAGCCCAUCAGCCCAGGAACGCUUGGCCUCACUGCAGGAGCAGGUGGUUGCACUCACCAGACAGAACCAGGAACUGAUGGAGAAGGUCCAGAUCCUGGAGAAUUUUGAGAAGGACGAGACACAGAUGGAGGUGGAAGAUCUGGCUGAGGUCAUCCCUCUUGCCCUCUACGACUCUCUCCGGGCCGAGUUUGACCAGCUGCGCAGGCAGCACGCUAAGGCCUUGCAGGCACUGAGGCAGCAGGAGACACUGAAGUUUCCCAGAGAAGAGGGGGCAGCCUCUGGGGAAAAUGAGGGUGCUGGAGCCACAGCCACCAAAAACGGGCCAACCCACAUGGAGCUAAAUGGCUCAUUGGUUCCAGAAACCAAACUUAAUGGAGCCGAGACCACAGAUGAGGAGGCUGCAGGAGAUGAAACAAUGGAAGCCAGGACUAUGGAAGCUGCAUCCACAGGCACUGAGGACAGGGGAGCUGAGGCCACAGAGUCGAAACCCACGGGGGCUGAUGUCAGAGACAUGGAGACUGUAGAAGAGGCAUCAAAUAUAGAAAUUAAGCCCACAGGAGCUGAGGCCACAGGCACAGAGGCCACGGGAGUGGUGGCCACAAAAACAAAAGCAGAGGAAGCAGAAGUGCCGGCCUACGAAGUGGGUGCUGGGCAAGCAGAGCCCCCAGUCACUGGGACCACAAACAUGGAAGCCACCAGCUCUAGGGCCACAGAGAUGGAGGCCACGGGAGUCCAUGCCACAGGUUUGGAAAAUCCAGGGAUCUCUGCUGGACCCGUCUUACAUCCUGGUGCCGCAGAGGCCUCGGAAAAGCUUCAAAUCGAGCUGGAGACCAGGAUUCGUGGCCUGGAGGAGGCACUCCGGCAGCGGGAGCGGGAGGCAGCCGCUGAGCUGGAGGUGGCCCUUGGGAAGUGUGAGGCCGCGGAGGCCGAGGCAGGCCGGCUGCGAGAGCGUGUCCGUGAGGCCGAGGGCGGCUGGGGCGGCGGCGAGGGCGGCGGCGGCGGCGUCGACACCGCACAGCUACGGGCGGCCCUGGAACAGGCCCGGGAGGACCUCCGAGAGCGGGACUCCCGUCUGCGGGAGCUGGAGGCGGCCUCGGCUAGCCUGGAUGAGGCUCGGGCCAGCCGGCUGCUGGCGGAGGAGGAUGCCCGGGGCCUGCGGGCGGAGCUGGCGCAGCGGGAGGAGGCGCGGCUGGAGCAGAGCCGGGAGCUGGAGGUGCUGCGUGAGCAGCUGGCCACGGCCAGGGCCACCGGGGAGCAGCAGCGCUCGGCGGCCGCAGAGCUGGGCCGGGCCCGGGAUGCGGCCGAGGCCCGGGUGGCUGAGCUGGCGUCGGCCUGCGAGGAGGCGCGGCAGGGGCUGGCGGAGCUGCGGGAGGCCUCCGAAGCCCUCCGCCAGUCUGUGGUGCCAGCCUCUGAGCACCGCCGGCUGCAGGAGGAAGCCCUGGAGCUGCGCGGCCGGGCAGCCAGUCUGGAGCAGGAGGUGGUGGCUACUGGCAAGGAGGCCGCCCGGCUGCGCGCAGAGCUGGAGCGCGAGCGUGUGUGCAGCGUGGCACUCUCGGAGCACGAGCGCAUCGUGGGCGCCCUGCAGGCCAACGUGGCCCAGCUGGAGGGGCAGCUGGAGGAGCUGGGACGGCGGCAUGAGAAGACCAGUGCCGAAGUCUUCCAGGUGCAGCGUGAGGCCCUGUUCAUGAAGAGCGAGCGACAUGCGGCUGAGGCGCAGCUGGCCACAGCAGAGCAGCAGCUACGGGGGCUGCGGGCCGAGGCGGAAAGAGCACGUCAGGCCCAGAGCCGGGCCCAGGAGGCUCUGGACAAGGCCAAGGAGAAGGACAAGAAGCCUCCUCCCCUGCCCCCACCCUUGGGGCCUUCCGCGCAAGGGUGGCCUGCAUUCCCCAGGGGGCUGGGGCUGGGGCUCCCCGGCAUCCUAACUCAUCCGCACCAGCCCUGCCAGUGA